AUGGGAGAGUUCGAGGAUGCAAAGUCAUUGGUCGGAAAGAACAUUUGCACCAGUUUCACCAACCUCGCCGAGGUCUACUUCAGAGAGCUCGAGGGCAAGAAGGCAGGAGAGAAGCUCGACACUCAUAUCAAGUAUGUUGGUGGCAGCGUAGAGGCUGCUUGCGCGCUGGGCGUUGCAGACGGCAUUGUCGAUCUUGUUGGUGAGUUUUGGUGUCCGUUAACAAGACGGGACAACACUGACACAGCGNUAGAAUCCGGCGAGACGAUGCGUGCAGCAGGCCUCAAGGCCAUCUCGACUGUCCUCGAGACCACCGCCAUCUUGAUCCGCUCCAAGAACCCCACCAACCCCGAUCUCGUCAAUCUGAUCGCAACCAGAAUUCGUGGUGUUAUCAGUACGCUUUUCCAUCUCUUGCAUCGGUGA